AUUGAGAUCUGCCAGGAAGUCAUCAAACAGUCCAAUGUGCAGAUCCUGGUGCCCCCUGCCCGCGCUGACAUCAUGCUCUUUCGUCCCCCUGGGACCUCAGACUUGGGCUUCCCUUUGGACAUGACCAACGGGGCAGCCUUGGCAGCCAACAGCAAUGGCAUUGCGGGCAGCAUGCAGCCCGAGGAGGAGGCAGCUCGGGCAGCUGGGGCAGCCAUUGCCAGCCAAGCCUCCUUGCCUGUGUUACCUGGGGUGGACCGCUUGCCCAUGGUGGCUGGACCCCUGUCCCCCCAACUGCUGACUUCCCCAUUCCCCAAUGUGGCAUCCAGUGCCCCUCCCCUGACUGGCAAACGAGGCCGGGGCCGCCCAAGGAAGGCCAACCUGCUGGACUCAAUGUUCGGGUCUCCAGGGGGCCUGAGGGAGGCAGGCAUCCUUCCAUGUGGCCUGUGCGGGAAGGUGUUCACUGAUGCCAACCGGCUCCGGCAGCACGAGGCCCAGCACGGUGUCACCAGCCUCCAGCUGGGCUACAUCGACCUUCCUCCUCCCAGGCUGGGUGAGAAUGGGCUACCCAUCUCGGAGGACCCGGAUGGACCCAGAAAGAGGAGCCGGACCAGGAAGCAGGUGGCCUGUGAAAUCUGCGGCAAGAUCUUCCGUGAUGUGUACCAUCUCAAUCGGCACAAGCUUUCCCACUCUGGGGAGAAGCCCUAUUCCUGCCCUGUGUGUGGGCUGAGGUUCAAGAGAAAAGAUCGCAUGUCCUACCAUGUGCGGUCCCACGACGGGUCUGUGGGCAAGCCCUACAUCUGCCAGAGCUGUGGGAAAGGCUUCUCCAGGCCUGAUCACUUGAAUGGACAUAUCAAGCAGGUGCACACUUCUGAGCGGCCUCACAAGUGUCAGACCUGCAACGCUUCCUUUGCCACCCGAGACCGUCUGCGCUCCCACCUGGCCUGUCAUGAGGACAAAGUGCCCUGCCAGGUGUGCGGGAAGUACCUGCGGGCGGCGUACAUGGCGGACCACCUGAAGAAGCACAGCGAGGGGCCCAGCAACUUCUGCAGCAUCUGUAACCGAGGUUUCUCCUCUGCCUCCUACUUAAAGGUCCAUGUUAAAACCCACCACGGUGUUCCCCUUCCCCAGGUCUCCAGGCACCAGGAGCCCAUACCGAAUGGGGGAGCAGCGUUCCACUGCGCCAGGACCUAUGGCAACAAAGAAGGCCAGAAAUGCUCACAUCAGGAUCCGAUUGAGAGCUCCGACUCCUACGGUGACCUCUCGGAUGCCAGCGACCUGAAGACGCCGGAGAAGCAGAACACCAACGGCUCUUUCUCCUGCGACAUGGCGGUCCCCAAAAACAAAAUGGAGUCUGACGGGGAGAAGAAGUACCCCUGCCCCGAAUGCGGGAGCUUCUUCCGUUCCAAGUCCUACUUGAACAAACACAUCCAGAAGGUGCAUGUCCGGGCUCUCGGGGGCCCCCUGGGGGACCUGGGCCCCGCCCUCGGCUCACCUUUCUCUCCCCAGCAGAACAUGUCUCUCCUCGAGUCCUUCGGGUUUCAGAUUGUGCAGUCGGCGUUCGCCUCGUCUUUAGUAGAUCCCGAGGUUGACCAGCAGCCCAUGGGGCCAGAGGGGAAGUGAGGCAGAGGCCGCGUCCCUGUGGGGAUGGCUGUCCGGGGACUGCUGAGAAAUGCUGUGAAUGCGGAGGGAGGUGAUGUCUUUGGGUUCUGUAGCUGAGAGGUUUUUAUUCGUUUUUAAACCCCGCCCCCACACCUUAUCAUUCCCAUCCCUCUCCACCCCCACCCCCCCAGUGGUCUUUAGAUAGAUCCUCAUCUGAUACUCUGCAGAAAUGUCUGUGAGGCCCAGCACGGGGCAAGGGCAGGAAACACUACAUAGGCCUUCAAGGGCCUUCAAGGCAGCACCAGUUCCAGUUUCUCCUCUAGUGAGCAGAAGCUGGGAUCCCUGGUGCUCAAUUCUUAGUGACCCCCAUCCCAAACCCACACCUGACGGCAUUCUGGGACCUCAGUGAUUCCGGUCCCCUCCCACUUCACUAAUCCCUCAUUCCCUCAUCUCAUAUCCCUUAAGAGAAAACACAGUAGGGUCUCCACCCACGUAUACAACUCUGAUGCCCCACUGUCUUGAAGGAAGCUGGAAGCCUACAGCAUCUUAUGGACCAGGGGGCGAGUGUCCUCCAAGAGCCCCCUGAGCUUGACCCUUGACCUGGAGGGCCCCAGAAUUUUCUGAGCCCUGCCUGGAGUCUAGCAUUUUGCUACUAGGACAAGCUUAGCUGUUGAGGACACUCCCACCCCAAAUUCCAGUUCUUACGUGAUUUUAACCAUUCAACUUGCUGUUGGGUUUUAAUUCUCUAAUUAUUAUUAUUAUUGUUAUUAUUUUUUAGGACCAGUUGUAGUGAAUUGCUACUGAAAGCUAUCCCAGGUGAUACAGAGCUCUUUGUAAACCGCAGUCACAGGUUAGGGUUAGUAUUAAACUUUGUUUAGAUGUACCAUAAUUAACUUGGCUAGUCGAUUGUUUGGAGUCUACGGAAGAAAUAGUUUUAUGCAAAAUUUUAAAAAUGCCAGUCUGGUCAGGGAGGUAGGGGGUUCAGUGCUAUUGGGAGGCAGGAAGACAGGCGAGCUGGCAGGCGGGGACAUUGUGUACCUCAGUUGUGUCACAUGUGAGCAAGCCCAGGUUGACCUCGUGAUGUGAAUUGAUCUGAUCAGACUGUAUUAAAAACCUUAGUACGUUA